AUGAAUAAAUAUAUUUAUAUAGUGUUAACAUCAAUUAUUUUGAAACUGUUUUUUAUUUCGCAAUGUUUAGUGCAAACAAAUAAUGUCUUUGAAGCUUUUUCUCAACAAGACGAAGUGGCAUACAUUGAUGCUUUUAGCACUUUAAUAAAAGAUUCUUAUUCAGCACCGCUUCCUCAAGAUUUAGCACGCACAUGUCAGAAUCAGAAUCAAGCUACGAAAGCAACAGUUAAAUUAAUAACAAAUUCAAUGUUAUCAUCUGAUUUACAAAUAUUUUGUGGUACUGAGACCAUAUGCACCAUACCAGCUGGCUUUACAGUUACAAUGAAUAGUAAUUUAAAUGUUGCUGCUUUAGUUUUGAGUGGUUCGCUAGUUUGGAAUGACCUUAGCCAAUCUUCGAGUGAUCAAUGGUUGUGUGCUGGUUACAUUGCUGUCGACGGAGGCCAAUUCGACAUGAAUCUAACGAGUAAACAAGGUUAUAUUUACAUUAAAAAUAAUGGUCUCAACCAUCCGGCGGUUCAUACUCGUGCCUUUGGUUCCUAUAACGCCGGUAAAAUACAUGUUAGUGGUCGCUAUCUUGCUAGAACGUGGUCUUUACUAGCUGAUAGAGCCACAUAUGGUAUGAGUUCAAUUAGUCUCUUACACAAACCUGAAGAUAUGGGCUGGAGAGUUGGUGAUAGAAUUGUUAUAGCUCCAACUAUGUCAGGCUCAAGCGGGAAUGCUGAAGAUUUCACGAUUGAAGGAUUCGAUGCUGAUAAUACUAUAAAAUUGCUUAAUAAAGACGGAACUUCUAUUGGUUUUAUAUCGUCAGUUUUUGAGUCAAAAGCCCUGUUUACAGGUGAAAAUAUGUCUGCUCUUAUACAAGCUGAAGUCAUUAACCUUUCACGUAAUAUUGUAAUUACCGGAGACGAUUUUCAGCAUGUUCAUUGUGUGAACGACGUGGCCGACGGCAGACCACCCGAUCGUAUUCAAGCCGAUCACUGUUCAUGUUGGAAAAAUAUUAAUCGAAAUCAAUGCACCCUUGGAUUGCAUACAGUUGCGAUUGGGACCGGUUCUGUUCUAUCUUUACAAUACACAAGAAUUGAGAAGUGUGGUCAACGUGGUAUUUUAGGAAAAUACUGUGUACAUUUACAUUUACUUAGUAAAUGCCCUGAGUGCAAAAUUAUUGGCAAUGCUUUUGAGUAUGGUCAUCAAAGAGGUACUACUAUUCAUGGAACACAUUUGGCAACUAUAGAGAAUAAUGUUUACAAUGACAUUCGUGGUGCAAUAAUAUAUGUUGAAGAUGGAAAUGAAAUGUAUAAUAGAAUAUUUUAUAAUGUUGGAAUAUGUCCUUGGGCAAAAUCCGGAGAAAAAAGAGGAUGCACUAUACCAGGCACAGACAAUGAUCAAGCAGAUACUACAUUAAAUCAAGCUGGUUUAUGGGGUUUAAGUUUUACUAACUAUGCUAUUGGAAAUCGUUUUGCUAAUAAUUAUAAUGGCAUGUUGUAUCAAGAGCAAGGAUUCGGUGAUGGUCGAGGUCAUGUGAGUGGUUUAGAAUGCCUCAGUUUUCAACAAAUUGGAAGGUUAGAAGGAAACACUUUUCACGGUUGUGGACGAUUUGGUACAUAUGUACUUGCAAGUGUGUUCCCAAAAACAACCGACAGAUCGAUUGAUAAAAAUGGUUUACCAACUUUAAGUACAUGUCAAGAAUGGACUACAAGUGGUGAAGAUAACGGAUUACCAGCGACAUUUAUGCAUAAUAUAGAUUAUGACAAUGUAUUUGUAGGCCAAUAUAAUGCUGGUGAUUUACAGUAUCGAUUUCAUACAAGUAUUAAUAAUAACAAUUUGAUUUACUGGAAAGAAACAAAAAAUUUUCAAGACGGUUGUUCCUCUCAUAUUGCUGAUUCGUUUUAUGACUCAGGCAAUUUGGCUUUGCCUGGUGGUCAUGGAACGUUUAUUUUGGAAAAUAUGAUCUUCAAUAACCAAGUUCACUUUGAGUCAAGUCAUCAUUGCAAUAUUGGAGUAACUGGAGUACUUUGUAUGCCAACUUAUGUGUUUGUCAAUAUGAAAUGGACUGGUGUUAUAUCUGAUCAAUCUUCACUCUUACAGUGGGGACCAAAUAAUGGAGCCAUGUUCACACUUGGACCUGAUGAUGAAAAAAACUUAAAUGGAAAUAAAUUAUUUCCAGCUGGAUUUUGCUCUAUAGUCAAUCCAUAUUGGACCUAUCUUUUAGCAUUGGAUAAUGGUGCAUCUUGUUUUAGUUCGAAUGAUGUUGCUAAUCUUUUAGGACAAGAUUCUGUUAAAUUUGCGAGAAAAUAUGAUGGUGGAGCUAUUUUCUGCAAAAGACCUGUUCGUCGACUUGAGAUAUUCUCAUUUAAUCAAAAUCCUGCAAAUCAUCAAACGAUGCAGUUAGAACUUUGGCAAUUCGAUAAUCUCAUAAGUUCAGUUACUUUGAAAUUUUUUCAAAUUGGAGACAGAAAACAAGGUUAUAGUGCCACUGUUGUUCCUGGUUUGGAUCACAAAUACAAAUUGUCAAUGACUGGUGGAGGAGAUGUGUCUUCUGAUUGGAUUAUUGAAUUUUCUGAUCCUGUUUUUGGAAAUCGUUGGAAGAGAGAUGAAAUUGAUCUAGUUGUUGCCGGUACAUUUGGUCUGGAGAUAAUUAUCUGA